UGGAUCUAUACGUUAUUCCUCGCAAUAGAUGCUUGCUUCCACUUGAAGAACAAGGACAAGAAGAUUGAUGAUCCGGAGCUGGGAAGUGGAUGGGGAUACUUCGUAGAGGAAGAGCCCUACAUGCAGCACCUCAAGUCGUAUGUCGAGGUCGAGGAGGUAGGCCUUCAAUGCGAUUCGACCUUUAAUGCAAUCAAACACAUGAAUACGGUAAACUCGAAGCCUGGUGUCAUGUCCGUCAGCGGUGUUGGCGCCGUGAAGUGCGCAAGACACGCGUUCGUCCGGCCCAAUGGUGUCGCUGACCUACAAAAGGGCGAGAAGUACGUGAACAUGGACUAUUUAUUCUGGUCAUCCCUUCUUCUACUCGGAUGCAUGCUUCCUAUCGCCGUCAGUUAUGACAUCGGGUGCCAAUGGAAACAAAAUCUCUGGAAACGACACGCAUCCCUUCUGGUUGGGUUCUCGGUCCUCUCUGCACUAGGCAUACGGUUCUUCAUUCCGAACCUUCAUAUCCGCGACCACAAGCUGAAAUGCCGGACUGAGAUGUAUUUCCUCCUUCACGAGUAUACAGGUUUCACGCAUGGAGAGACGAUAGAGCAGGAGUGGGCUCAUAUUGGUGGUGUCGCUACGAUGACGCGGGACAUGGGUCCGGCUGCGCGUCACUACACGCUGAACGACCACUGGAGUUUCUGGAACUUCAGGAAAGUCGUCGCUUUGGGUAAGACGACAGCCCAGAGAUUCAAGACAUUGAUAUUAAUACUAAGUAAUUACAGGUGUUUUUCUGUACAAAUCUUUGGUGUCUGCGAUGCAAGAGCGUACCCGACACCAGAGAAUCUACGAACGAUAUACCGCCCGGUUCAGCCCGGUUCUUAUUUGUCAAUGGGAGGAUAUGAUCCGUAA